GCUGGCGCAGCUGCAAAUCAUGCAGGGGCAGCAGGAGCGGUAUGUAGACAUUGCCACACGCUCUGUUCUUCAUGCAGAUAAAGCGAACAGACAAAAGAAACGCCGCACCCCCAAAGCUAAACAUGUGCGUGCGUUUGUGUUAAAUGCUGCUGCCACUGGAGCCGAGUUUGAUCCGGCUAACAUGAAGGAAAAAGGUUGGGAAAAAAGGCAAAAACAGAAAAUCAAGUUGGGAGCUCUACCCCUGGGACAUGCUACCCCCAUUAUAGGAUGAAGGCCAAGCCCCACAGAUCCGGGUGCAGGGGCGGUCUGUAGAGGACCCCCGCCCGCAUGUACCAUUGCAAAUAUAUUGGAAAACUAAAAAUGUUCAAAAUGUGAGAGCCCUGGUGGAUACUGGGGCGGAGGCCACUAUUAUACAUGGCAACCCAAACAAGUUUAAAGGGCCUGAAAUAUCUAUCACCGGCUUGGGAGGAAAUCUGGUCAAAGCCAAACAAAUUCAGGUAGUUAUGAAAAUUGGCUCAUUGCCCAUGAAAGAAUACACGGUAUUAGUCACUCCUGUGAAGGAGUGGAUUAUUGGAAUGGAUAUACUCGCUGGGAUGACGCUGCAUCUCCAGCAGGGUAAAUUUGUUUUUGGGACGACCUCCACUAUUCAAGCUAGACCUGUUUUGGUGGGGAAGGUGAAAAUGACGCCAUUCCCCAUUCCUAUUGCCUCCAAAGUUGUAAAUAUGAAACAGUAUAGAAUUCCAGGAGGUCAUGAUGAAAUCACAAGCACUAUCAAAGACUAUGUGAAAGCAGGAGUGUUGAAAACCUGCACCACUGAAUGGAACAAUCCAAUUUGGCCAGUAAGGAAGAGUGAUGGCACGUGGAGAAUGACGGUAGAUUACCGUCAACUAAAUAAAUUCACACCUCCAUUGACGUCAGCUGUGCCUGACUCCAUCACCAUCAUACAGAAAGUGCAGCACCAUCCAGGGACCUGGUAUGGUGUAAUAGAUCUUGCUAACGCUUUCUUUACCAUUCCAAUACCUGAGAAUAGACAAGAACAGUUUGCAUUCACUUGGGAUGGACGGCAGUAUACGUUUACUCGCCUCCCUCAAGGAUAUUUGCACAGCCCCACUAUCUGCCAUCGGGUGGUGGCUGAGCAUUUGGAUAUGCUUACGUUGCCUCCAGGUGUUAUGAUCUCACACUACAUAGAUGACAUAAUGAUACAAGGGCCCAACACAGAGCGUUUGAGUUGGCUAAAGAAGCCAUACAACAGGCCGUCUCCCUGGCAAAACCUCUGGCAGAAACAAGGACGAGCCCGACGGCCCCUUGGGUUCUGGUCCAGAAAACUUCCUGAUGCAGGGGGGCGAUAUACUCCCUUCGAAAAGCAGCUUCUGGCAUGUUACUGGGCACUGUUGGAAACAGAAGCUCAGACCGUCGGACAUGAUGUCCUGAUGAGGCCAGAGAUACCAAUUAUGUCUUGGGUUAUGAGUGACCCUGCCACACACCGAAUAGGGACAGCACAAGAGUCCAGCAUUAUCAAAUGGAAGUGGUACAUAUCUGAACGGGCCAAGUCAGGGCCCAAGGGCGUGUCUGUGCUACAUGAACAAGUGGCAGACACGCCAGAACAUGGGGAGGUAGUGGCAGAAAUUGUGAAAAUACAGGACUCCCCUGUGAAACAAGGAAAAAGAUAUGAUGAAUUAACAGACCACGAGAAGCAGCAUGCAUGGUUUACUGAUGGGUCAGCAAAGUGGACAGGAGGAAAACGCAAGUGGAAAGCAGGGGCGUUUAACCCCGCCUUGGGACAGGUAUUAGAAGCAGUGGGGGAUGGGAAGAGCAGUCAGUGGGCUGAGUUAAAGGCCGUACACAUGGUAAUCAUGCGGGAGGGCAUAGAACAAGCACAUAUUUACACUGAUUCUUGGUCAGUAAUGAAUGGGCUAACGACUUGGAUGCCUACCUGGCAUUCCCAUGAUUGGACAAUACAUGGGAAACAAAUUUGGGGAACUGAGCUGUGGAAAGAAAUUUGGGAACGAGUGCAAACACUCCAAGUAUUUGUAAUGCAUGUAGAUGCACAUACACAUAAUAACGACGCAGAGACCCUCCACAAUAAUCACAUAGACCAAGUAGUCCAAGUGAUUGAUUUAGGCCUAGGAUUACAGUGUCCCAAGGGCACCUAUGGACACAUUGUCCCCAAAGCUAGUAUGGCACUCAAAGGCAUGACAGUAGAUGCCGGAGUGCUCGAUCCAGAUUUUAAAGGCACACUGGUGGUUAUUUGUAAGAACAACACAGACGAACCCUUGGUUAUCAAGCAAGGGCAGGCUAUAGCACAGUUGCUGAUUAGGCCUUACGUAACUGGUGCUGUACAAGAAGUACAAAUGCCCUCCACACUGGUGGAAGGGGAAACUCCCAAAAUUGACAAAGCGGGAGCCAAAGUAUGGGUCAAGCAACCCGAUGGACCUCCAAAAGCAGGAGAGGUCAUAGCCCAGGGAGAAGACAGCACUGUGGCUGUCAUGUACCCAGGAGAAGAAAAAUGGGUGAAUGUGCCCAUCUCGAAAUGUUAUUUAAGGGAAAACUAA